AGUAAUUGAAUAAACGGCUUGAAAGUUAAAACCAGUUUGGUGAUUCUCGAUAUGUUUAAAUCGGAAAAGGGAUUAAACUCGGGGACCAUCAGCGACGAUUUCAAAUUAUUAACAAAUUACAUAAAAAUCGCCAAUUUUUUUUCCUACGGGAAUUUUUUCAAAUUAACAGCGUUGGUAUUAUCAGUUAUUUUCGCUGCGGUGUCUUAUUUUUCGUAUAAAAUUGGAAUUUUUGACUACCGAGACCACAACCCCACGCUCAAAGGGAUGACUUUGGUACUUACCAUUUCGAACGCUUUAUUCCUUCAAUAUUUCAUGGUAUCGUUGAUGGCGAGGAAAAGGAAACAUUGGGACGAAUUGUUCGAUAGUAUGCACACUUUUGAAAAUAUUUUGAAAACUUGCGACUACUUCAAAAUCGAAAAAAUACGGAAAUUAUCCACUGGAAUCAUUUUCAUAUUUCUAACUAUAUUCCAUUCGAUUUACAGCAUAUACUAUUUCACUUUCCAAAACAGUCAGUUCGAUAAUUUUUUCGUCGUACUCGGUCUCAGGGGAUUCUGCACGUUGUAUUUGAUAUUUGUCGUCACGUUUUAUUUAACCUUGACGCAUUGGUUGGACAACCGGUAUAAAUUUAUGGAUAAAUACCUGAAAAUCAUGGUUACCAAACCAGGAUAUUAUCUCGUAGUAAGAAAAAUGAUCGUAACUGUCAAAUUAGCUCAUAAUAUCGUCGAGAAAAUCAAUUAUCUGUAUGGGGGUAUCUUGUUUUCGGGAUUGACAGUUUGCGUCAUCAAGAUAUUGUAUUAUUUCGUAUUGGCAUUGGAUCUAAAUUCCAUUCCCACCGAAAUCAGGUGCAUCAAUUACACGGCGCCCAUUAUUUAUGCUAUAUACCUGGUGAUAUUGACGAUGUCUUGUAAUUCGGUAGAAAUAACCGGAUAUUCUCUUAUCAAAACAUGUUAUCUCGUUCACGAAACCGCCUCAUCAAAUAUAGAUAAGGAACAUUUAAUGUUGUUGGUUGGGUAUAUAGAUGAAUGGAAACCGAUUUUUUCGGCUUGUGGUUAUUACGACGUCAACCAAUCGAGUUUAUCUUCAAUAUUUUCGGCUAUAAUUACCUAUCUGAUCGUAUUGAUACAAUUCAAUAUGGUGCUGAAUUGAUUUACGCGAAAUCGGACCUCAAAACGAAUUAAAUUGACUAACAACACGCCACGCCACUCCACGCCACGCGCCGAAUACACCGAAUGUGACAUUAGACAAUCGAAUCUUUGUCGAAUCACGAAAAAUCGAUUGGAAACACAAUAAAUUGUUUGACGUAUCUGUUAAUUAUAAAUUUGUCGAUUUUUUGUUUACUAGUGUAUAUGAUUCACAUUUUUUUAAAGAUAAUUACGUUCCUUUAUUGUAUAUAAGCAACCUAACAAUCGUGAAAUAAAUUUGAAGAUAAAGUACGAAAUGUUUUCUAUAAUAAAUUUUGUUAAUACCCUCGUAUAUAAUUUAAAUGCAAUAGAUACUGUUAAAGUGAAAAAUACCAUUUAGAUUAUAAGCAAAUGCAAGCCUAUCAGACCUAUGGGACGCCUAUAACGAUUUUGAAACAAAUAUCAAUAAAAUUUUAUGUUGCACUCACGAGAAAUAUUUUGAAAAAAACAGUCAACAUACCUAGCAAAACAUAGACGUUUAUUUUGGGGUAUCGAGCAACAGUUUAUUAAUUUUAAUUAUCCUAAUAUUUGUAAAAAUAGUCUACCUGAGCCUUAGAGUGGUAUUCACUUAAUUUAAUUAACUAAACUCGAUGUUAAAGUAUAAAAAUCUCGAUCAAUAAAUUGACAACUAUUCACAAACACAUACCUAUUAAUUCAACUGUCAACUGUCAUAAUAAGAUCAUAGAUCUUAAAUAUAUCGAACAAAUUUUAUAUUAGUUAUUAUUGUCGGUUAAUUUAUUGUCUAAAUUUUGUUAUUAGUGUUUUUUUCCUUCAAGUUUAUUUCUAAAAUUGCACGCUCUUGUUUCUUUUUUAUCAGAUGAAAUGAAAAACUCGUUCCAUGGCAUCAGCAAGAGUGCCAUCGUGUGUGCAAGGUCAAUGACAAGUAUGUAUACGCACAACUUCAAAAUUAAUUCGUUUUGUAUUCCGAAUGGGGUCGGGAAGCAUGAAGAUUCGCUCAAUAUUACACACUAAAUAACUUUUUUAUAAUAAUUAUUGAUAUUAUUUGCAAAAUAUUUCAUUGAAUUAAUAAGUUGCUUUAUGAUAUUAAUAACUUUAAAUUGGUUGUCAAGCAAUAGUUCACUUUGAGGUUAUGAAUAACGUCAACUGAAGUUGUACAUCAAAAAUUAAUCUACAGAAUAAUGAGAUUUUGAUUAAAAACGAUUCUUCUUUUUCCAUAGAUAAAUUAUAUUAAACUCGCACGUUGUCGUGUAUGAAAUAAAAAACAAAAAACGAAAAUAACAGUCACAGUAACGGUUUGAUGAUUGAUAUACCGAAAUUUAAAUAAAAAUCAAACACAAACAAAUUAAUAGUUACGAGUCGAAUCGUAAUAAAUAAUAAUAUUUGAAUUUUAAAUUUUCUAACUGUGUAUACACACAACAUAUUAAUUAUUUAAUUUGUUUUAUGUUAUUGCCAA